AUGGACACCGAUGGAGGGGGCUGGACCUUAGUUUGGAGUUACGCGUUUACUGACUAUGAAAAUUUUAAGUCAAAAGCUAACGCAGUCAGUCCCUCGCCCAAAUGGCCCGAUAUCUCGGCAGACAUUGAUGUGCCUAUCUCUAUUACACCACCUAUGCAUGAACACGAUUUCAACGCCUUAGACUUUUCACUUUGGAAGCAACUCGGACAGGAAAUCUUCGUCAAAAGUAAUGUGAACAACUGGCUGGUAUGCUCACCCAAGCGGGAGGAAGCUUUGUCGACUGGACACCAGGAAAAAUUUCUUGUAAAAUCGCCAACAAAAUCGCCGGUACGCAUUGUACUGAUGGAUCUCCAUCGGUGA